UGUUGUGAAUUGAACAAUUAAACGUGAACUGUAAAUUUCACACAGGUGAACAGUAAAGGACAUUUAAAAGACAUUUAACUUCCAUAUAGGCAUAUAUAUAUUUAAAUAUACAAAUUCUAUGAACAAUCUGUGAGAGUGCAAAGUGAAAGAUUAACAAGAACUUUCUUGAAGUUUUAAAACAAACACAAUAAAAUAUGAUUGUGGAAAAAGUGCUGGAGCGUGCUACCAAGUCAGAGCUAUGCAGCGCGUUGGCCCUGUUGGUGCUCUCGCUGAGCAUUUACACCUUCUACACACAGCUGCAAACGUAUCUGAAGUCCGUGCUGCUAUCCCUGCGUCUCUCUGGGCCACCCACGCUGCCCUUUUUGGGCAACUGCAUGCUGAUCAAUGAGAAGGAUCUGAUGAGAAAACGAGCCGCGAAAGCCUUUGAUCUGUAUGGUUCGCUGGUGCGCAUUUGGGUGCUUCUGUUUCCUUUCUUUGUGGUGCUGCAGCCGGAGGAUCUGCAGGUCAUACUCUCCUCCAAGAAGCACACCAACAAGGUGUUCAUCUACAGGCUAAUGCAUAACUUUCUGGGCGAUGGCUUGAUCACCAGCAGCGGCAACAAAUGGAGUACGCAUCGCAAGCUCAUACAGCCAGCGUUUCAUCUCAGUCUGCUGGAGAAGUUCAUUGAUACGUUUGUGGAUGCAUCGCAGUCGCUGAACGAGCAUCUGGAUGCCUCGGCCUUGGACAUGGAGGUCAACAUAGCCAAAUAUGUCAACAACUGUGUGGUCGAUGUGCUCAAUGAGGCUGUGCUGGGCGUGCCCAUCAGGAGGAAGGGUCUCAUGGAGGAUUCGCCAUUUCGCAAGGGCAAGCUGAUGAUACGCGCUCGCUUCUUACAUCCCUGGCUGCUGCUGGACGCCAUCUAUCAGCUGACGUCGCUGGCCAACGAUGAGCUGAAGCAGAAGAAGCGUCUUAACGAUUUUACCCGACAGAUGAUAAAGCGACGUCGAGAGAUUAUGGCCGAUGCGGCCAACAAUAAUGUGGAACGCAAAUGUCUGCUCGACUAUAUGAUUGAGAUCUCCGAGAGCAAUCCCGACUUCAGCGAAGAGGACAUUGUCAACGAGGCCUGCACCUUUAUGCUCGCUGGCCAGGAUUCUGUGGGCGCUGCUGUUGCCUUUACCAUCUUUCUGCUCGCCCAGAACGCGGACUCGCAGGACCAAUGCUACGAGGAGCUGGAGCGCAUCUUUGACUAUAGCAACCGUGCGCCCACCAUGAGCGAUUUGCGUGAGAUGCGCUACUUGGAGAUGUGCAUCAAGGAGGCACUACGUCUCUAUCCCAGUGUGCCGCUCAUUGCCCGCAAGCUUGGCGAGGAAGUGCGUUUGGGCGCUUACACCUUGCCAGCGGGCAGCAAUAUCUUCAUCUGUCCAUAUGCCACACAUCGUCUGGCACACAUCUACCCCGAGCCGGAGAAGUUCAAGCCGGAACGUUUCACCACCGACAACAUGGAACAGCGGCAUCCAUAUGCCUUUAUACCAUUCAGCGCUGGACCGCGCUACUGCAUUGGCAAUCGGUUCGCCAUAAUGGAAAUCAAGACAAUCGUAUCCCGUCUGCUACGUAGCUAUCAGAUCUUGCCCGUGCCUGGCAAGACCACCUUCGAGGCCACAUUUCGCAUCACUCUGCGCGCCUCGGGCGGCUUAUGGGUGCGGCUCAAGCCACGCCAGCAGCCGGAGACGGUCUAGUGGGCAAGCAAUGUAGUAUAGGGAACGAGGCCAAGCCAACAGUUGUGGGCGGAUCAAAUAUAAAUAUAGAAUUGAUGUAAUAUCAUCAUUUAGAGAAGCGAUGUAAGAAGACGGUCUUCGCUUCGCUUCUUCCUUUAAGCCUAGCUUUAAUCCAUGACUAAGUUAAGCUGCAUUCGAGAAGUUUGAAGAGGGACAAGUAAAAUCUAAGCUUAAGAGGUUCAGAACUUCUUUCAUUUGGAGAAGCAGCGCGAGUAGAUCAUUUCUUCUUGCUUUAAGCCCAGCUUUAAUCCCUUAAAAAAUGCCACUAUAUUCGAGAAGUUUGAAGAGAGAAGCUGCUCGGUUUGGCAGUGAGUAGCGAGCAACCAUUGGCUCUGUCUGCUUCUCUCGCGAGAGGCUAGAUGCGAAGUGUAAAUCAAAUAUAUAAAAACUAUUCCUAAGCUUGCCAAACUGACUUAAAGAGAGAAGCGCAACUCAGCACGAUAAACUACAAUUUACUCAAAGCAUCUCACUUAAAGUUCAGAUUGAGCUAAGCUUAACUUACAUUUGCUUCUCUCAACACGCUUCUCGUUUGUAGGCAGCAACGUAGUCGUACCCCGGAAAUAAUUGGUUGGGUCUUUUUAGAUGUUUGCCCAU